GGCACUUCCGGUCGGGCUUGAACAUAAACAGCGAUGGCGGAGGCAGCAGCAGCGUCCACGGCAGCUCCGGUGGGGACGGGCGGCUGGACCAAACACGUAACCUGCAGGUAUUUCAUGCACGGCCUGUGUAAAGAGGGAGAAAACUGUCGCUAUUCUCACGACCUGAUGAGCAGCAAACCCGCAAACAUGAUCUGCAAGUUCUACCAGAAGGGGGCGUGUGCGUACGGGGAGCGCUGCAGGUUUGAACACAGUAAAGUGAAAGAGGAGCUGCCUCCAAAGACGCCGCCGUCUGCUCCGCCGCCAUCAGACCCACAGUCCAGACCCGAGACCAGACCUGAGACCAGAACCGAGUCCAGACCAGAGACCAGACCUGCUCCAGACUGGGUCAACGCCGCAGAGUUUGUGCCUGGUCAGCCCUACUGCGGAAGAGACUCGGGGAAGGCGGAGACGUGUGUCCCUCACAUAGAGGACGCUGCAGAGGACACAGAGGAGCGCAGGACCCAGGGGAAGACGCUGUGUCCGUACGCGGCGGUGGGCGAGUGUCGGUACGGACUGAACUGUGCGUAUCUCCAUGGCGACGUGUGCGACAUGUGCGGGCUCCAGGUGCUUCACCCCACGGACAGCUCCCAGCGCUCCGAGCACACCAAGGCGUGUAUAGAGGCCCAUGAGAAGGACAUGGAGCUGUCGUUCGCCGUGCAGCGCAGUAAGGACAUGAUGUGCGGCGUCUGUAUGGAGGUGGUGUUCGAAAAGGCCAAUCCGAGCGAGCGCCGCUUCGGGAUCCUGUCCAACUGCUCCCACUGCUACUGUCUCAAGUGCAUACGCAAGUGGAGGAGGGCCAAGCAGUUUGAGAGCAAGAUCAUCAAGUCGUGUCCCGAGUGUCGAAUCACGUCAAACUUCGUGAUCCCGAGCGAGUACUGGGUCGAAGACAAAGACGACAAACAGAAACUUAUCCAGAAAUACAAGGACGGAAUGGGGACUAAAGCGUGUCGGUACUUUGAUGAAGGCCGUGGGACGUGUCCUUUUGGGUCAAACUGUUUUUACAAACAUGCGUUUCCAGACGGUCGCCUGGAGGAGGCGCAACCACAGAGACAGAGGCCGAGCGGAGGACACAGGAGUAGGGCCUCCAGGCGCACCCCGCUCUGGGACCUGCUGGACGAGCGCGACAGCACGGACUCCCUGGACGACGAAGAAGACCUGGUGACCUUUGAACUCAGCGAGAUGCUCCUGAUGCUGCUGGCGGCGAGGACGGACGAGGACGCCACGGACUCAGAGGACGAAUGGGACCUGUUCCACGAAGAGCUCGACGACUUCUACGAAAUAUACCUAUAGCGCCCCCUUCUGGAGGCCGCUACGGGCGGGCGGAGGGUGGGCGGGGCAAGGCGGAGUCUAAACACACUAAAAAAAAAGCACGCGUCUCUUCAAACGUCCUCUUCUCUUCCCUUUACAGAGACGGGAUUAAACUCUAGAGCGCCCCCUGCUGCUGAGAACAGGGACUGAAGCCUCCACAUAAAAAUCACUAAUGGACAGUUUGGGAAUCGACGUGUUUUUAGUGACCAGAUAACGGCGCCAUUCAAACGUGUCUUUGUAUCGUUCCGCCCAAUCAAACGGAGACGGGGAAAGUUCUACACUCGCUCAGAAAUGAACAAAAAUAUCAAUAACAACGCGACGACAAUGCAUUUUGCUCGUGAAUACUCUACAGAUCAGACUGUUUAUAUACAUGGACGUGGCUAACCUGCUGCCGCUGCGUUCUAAACAGGAAGUGAUCAUGUCGCACUUCCUCUGUCCUCUCUCUGUCUCUGCUGCUUCAGACUCAUUCUGGUCUUAAAUGUUCGUAUUAACCCUCUACAUGAUCCUGGGGUUUUUAUUUCACUAUUGUGUCUGUAAAUCAAGAUAUGAACAUUAAUAACAGACAAAUCAGGUCCUUCUUUCCCCGAGGUCGCUCCUGAUUGGCUCUUUGGUUGCUAUGAUACUCGUGGUUGGAGUUCAGUCACUUCUUCAGUCUGUGAUUUAGACGCACUGCUGCCAGAGAAAUGCAUAAACUUAUGAGUAAAUGGGAUAAAUGUAGGUUUCAUUAUAAAAACUAAAAUGUUUUUGUCAGAAAUGGACAAAAACAUCAGAAAAAGUCAAACCGAUGUGCAAAACUGUGGAGUAACAGUCCCAAGAUGGCCGCCGCGCCUGUCUCUCAGCGGGACGCCAGUGUGCGCUCUAGAGUUUAACGCGGUCGGCUCUGAGUCUCUUCCGUGGACAAGGAGAGGACGUUUGAGAAAUGAGACGAUGUCGAUGGUUUGAAGUCGUAAAAUAGUCCCAACACUGCAAAAAAACAAACACGCUGUAAAAACGACAGAGACGAGGCCUGGAUUCUGAGUCUCGACGCUCGUGUGGACUUCUUCACACGCGUUUACUCGGCCUGGCGGAUUUGUGUUUCAGACGAGUGACGUCACGAUACUAACAUUUCAAACUCCAUUUCGAUACUAAGGAAUAGAUUCGAUACUUGUAUAUUUAAAGAUGUAAUAACACAACUGAAAUGGUAACGAGUAGGAAAAUCGCACUGAAAAUAAAGUUUUUCACUUUUCUGACAUGUGAAAAGUAUCGAAUCAGACACUAAUCGAUACUGAAGCCAGUAUCGAAAUGUGAUACUCACUUUUCACAGGUAUCGAUACUAAAAAUGAGUCUUUUCUGAAUGUUUCACGUAAAAGACACAUGGACCUCUGCUCUCUCCUUUCCUCUUUCUCUACACUCCUUUACCCUCUUUCUUUCCUCCCUCUCUCUCAUCUCGUCUUCCCUCCCUCUUUCCUCUCCUCCCUCCCUCUUUCCUCUCCUCCUUUCCUCUCCUUCCCUCCCUCCCUCUCAUGUCAUCUUUCCUCUCGUCUUUCCUCCCUCUCCUCUCCUCUUUCCUCUCUUUCCUCUCCUCCUUUCCUCUCCUCCCUCCUUCCCUCCCUCCCUCUCAUCUCCGCUUUCCUCUCGUCUUUCCUCCUCUCUUCCUCCCUCCCUCCCUCCCCCUCAUCUCCUCUCCUCUCGUCUUUCCUCCUCUCUUCCUCCCUCCCUCCCUCUUUCCUCUCCUCCCUCCCUCCCUCCCUCCCCCUCAUCUCCUCUUUCCUCUCGUCUUUCCUCCUCUCAUCCCCUCUUUCCUCUCGUCUUUCCUCCUCUCUUCCUCCCCUCUUCCUCCCUCUCAUCUCCUCUUUCCUCCUCUCCUCCCUCCCUCUCAUCCCCUCUUUCCUCUCGUCUUUCCUCCUCUCCUCCCUCCCUCUCAUCCCCUCUUUCCUCUCCUCUUCCUCUUGGACUGAGGGAUUACACACAAAGUACAAACAUUUAAAGUGGAACAUCACAGUGUAUCAUCUAAAGAAAGAGGUUUUUUUUAAUUAUCAUCAUCAUCAUCAUCGUGGUAUCGGUAUCGUAUCGAGUCUGUCCCUUAGUAUCGAUUCCCAGUUUUAAAUGUUCCUGUGGUGACGUCACUCGUGGAAAAAGUGUGUGAUUUAAAAACACAAAAGUAAAACAGGUCAGAUCUGUUUGUUCAGGUCCAGUGUCAUAAAUGUGUUUUUACAGUGACAUCAAAUUCUGCACAAAACACGACUAAGAUCAAAUGUUUCGUGCUGUUUUUAUUUUAGAAACUAAUAAAUAAAAAUAUCCCAACAUAAUAAGUAGAGUUUAUAAUUACACAUGAAGUAAAUAUGUUUAAAAACGAAACAUUUAUCACCGUUUAAAGCUCCGGCGUCGCACAAAACUGAGUCUGAGCUGCUGUUUCCUCGUCACAAACCUGGAGUCGUGUUUUUGUUUCAUUCAUGUUUGAGUCGCACUUUAUUAUUCGUCUGUUACGUCUCCAAAGAUCAAAAUGCCACGUUCCACCUUGUGAUGUCAUCGAGUGGUUUCAGCUCGUGCGUUAAACGUGUGUGAAUGAAACGAAACACAACUCCAGGUCUGUUUGUUUGUGACGAGGAAACGUCAGAACAGAUCAUUUUAGAUAAAUAUAAAUAACAUGAGCCUUUUUAAACUGAUUCUGCACAAAAAUCAGGUUAAAGUCGACGAGUAAAAUCAAAAAUACACCUUGAAAUAUGAAGCUUAAACUAAAAUGUCCUCCGUUCUGAAUGUCCCACAGGCGUGUGCACUACUGAAACUGUAUUUAUUCAAGCCACUUUCUCUCUUAAAUCAGCCCUGUGCUCGUGUCUCUGCCGUUUAACCGUCCACGAGUGUCAGACGGUGCAAUUUACACUUUUUAAAUCACAAUGUUCAUCGAAAACCACUUCAUAAAACAAACAAAUCCGCUGACGUCCGCGUUACAAAACUGUGGCGCCCCCUAUGGACAGCAGCACGUCACACUAGAGCAGCACAAACCUGACAAAAUGGAGUCUUGAAAAUAACAGAUUAAACUCAAACAUGAAUCACUCCAAAUAAAACUUCAGAGGCUCAAGGAGAAGAAACGAGCAGAACCUGGAGAAACAUCUGAAGAUUCUGUGGAGCGGGUCUGAUUUAAGAUCUGAACUUGUACAACUUGUAAAUAAAUAAUAAAGCGUAAAAACAUUUCCGUCAUUUUAAACGUCGCUGUUGAGUGAAUUGCCAAUAAAAUGUAAAAUAAAAUAAAAAAAUCUCAUGUUCUUAAAAAAAAAAAAAAAAAAAAACGUAGGUGAUUUGCUGCCGUUAAAUGAACCACUUUAGGCCCCGACCCACAGGUUGAGAAACACUCGAACAGGAGGAGCAGACGGGGACGGGACCGGGGGGACGGGACCGGGGGGACGGGACCGGGGGGACGGGACCGGGGGGACGGGACCGGGGGGACGGGACUAAACUCUUCAACAGUUCAUUUAAUCGUGUAAAUUAAAAUGUCUGAUUUUUAUUCUUAUCCAAACCCUGAACUUAAGCACUCCACUACUACUACUACUACUACUACUACUACUACUACUACUACUACUACUACUACUACUACUACUACUACUCCUCAUAAACUGUAUAUGUAAAUGGACAUGGCUAACCCGCUAGCCACGGCGUUUCAGCUUCUGGCUCCACGUCACGCUCUCUUGACGGUCUCUUCACCAUCCUGUCUCCUGAUUGGCUCUUUGGUUGCUGUGAUACUCAUGAUGCUCUAGCUUCCAUUAGCUUCAUUUGGAGCCAAACACUCGCUCAGUCGUGUCUGUACACACACUACUACUACUGCUCCUCGUACUUUUACUAUCACUACUACUAUUACUGCUACUUCCAUGUUGUACUCUUCAGCCGUUGAGUUUGUGUUGAUGCAUUCUGCACUUUGGCUCCUGUCUGCUCCUCCGGCCUCUAAACAUGUCCGACAGCUCAGCCCUGCCCUAUGACCUCUGACCUGUGACCUCUGACCCGCUCACACUCGCGUAUAGCCUCGAGUGGACUGUAGCCUGUAGUCGCCCCGUCUCGUGACCGCGCUGCAAAAACACGUUUAAAUGAGUUCAAUUUCAUUUUAAUCCCCGAGUUCUUUUGUCUCUUUAGAUGCGUUUGGUCUCAAAAUGGAGGUGAAUCUAAAAUGGCGUCUGCUGCUUCUGGACUCCACGGAGAUGCUAAUGUUUUGCCUGGAAAGUGUCACAAUACGGCAUUAAACCCGCCCACGCUGCAUUUAUCCCGAUACAGUCGAUUCUGUCGCUCAUAAAAUGCCACAUUCUCACUGUGAGCGGAGUCGCCUCUCCACAGAGCCGACCUCUCGCUCAUCCAGGGGACUUUCCUUGUCUCGCUGGAGGUGGGUAGACGUUUAAUGCCAAACUGUGGGAUAUUCUAAGCAGAUCUCCAUGGAGACGAGCAGGUGGCAGAUUUUCAGCCCAAUAAUAAAAAGUUGAGUCAGAUCUGGCGGCGUUUGAGUUCGUCCCGGGCGUUUAAACCUCGUCGUGUUUUCAGUGACUUUCUCUGCAUCUGUCCUUGUGAUGUCUGUGUGGAGUAAUCCGUGCUCCGUCUGCCGCGGUGCAUCGUGGGUAAUGGUGUUGUACAUAGGUCACGCUCAUAACCAAGUGGUUUUACGCUAACGAAGUAACGAAGGCCGGAUCUUCUCUUUAAAGCUGCUCACGGCAGAUCUCAUGUGCUGUUUAAUAAAAAUGUACUCACUUUA